CGAACAUCACUCAGCAUGCGAGGCUCUAUGAGAAGACCUCCUUCCGUAUUCGGGUCAUUCAGAUCGAACUUGCGGAUGGGCAGCGAUGAUUCUGCAUCUGCAGCAUAUGGCGAGCCUCUUUCAACCACCUCUUCCGAAGCACCAUCCCUUGGUUGGUCUGACUGUGGGUUCGAUGGAGCAACCCCUGCCAAGACCGUGGUAUUGCACGGCGAGGUUCAAACCAGUGCGGGAAUGUUCAGGAAGAAGAAGGAAUACCUCGUGAUUACGGACACUCAUAUUCUCCGGUUCAAGUCGCAGGUCAAGGCAGCGGACAUCUUCAAGGUCAUACCGCAGUCUGUUCCACGGAGUCCAACCGUCCGCCAUGGCUCUAUGCCCUCCAUAGGCUCCCAGAGCGACCUUCAGACCCUUUCAGACUCUUCUGGUGACAAGGAUGCGCGUGUGCCUCUCCGGCAGGUGGUUGCUGUGCACCCUUUGGAGGAUGGCAAGCCGUACUUCGCUAUCGAAGUGUGCUACCUGGACGAGGCGGCUGGGCAAGCUUCAGCAUUGACAUUGCAAUUCAACAAUCCAGAAGAGCGAGAGAUGUGGCUCCGAACAAUACGCGACACUGUAAGCAAUCUGCGAUCCCUCAGACCAGACACCAUCUCCGCACAUAACCUAGAGACUGUUGCACGUACCAUCGAACGGGACAAUGACUACGAUCCUGCCAACUGCGCCAUCUUCAAGGUGGUGCAGCGACAACCAGCAUCGAAGUCCGGUGGCCGCUCAUCUUCGGAUGAUCUGACAAAGGUUGCAUCGACGGUGUGCUUUUUUGCCAUUGGCGUGCAUAAAGUGCACCUGAUCCAGCUCGAAAAGCCUAUAGCAAGAGCCGUAAGCCCGUCUCUAGCGCCGACCACAUCUCAGGUCUCCCAUGGCAUUCUGACGCUCACCGGACUCAAGAUCAGUGAUGCCGAUGACACCUUCGAGCUUACCUUCCGCAGGCCAUGUCAGACACCGAAACACCUAUACCUGGCUUCUGCGUCAGCAUGGGAGAUUGCGGCCCGCUUACAUCAAGCUGAGAAUUACCUUCGACCUGAAUGCGGUACCCGCCUGUUCCGCUUAACUGCUCCAGCGGAGCUCGAUGAAAUUCUACCACCGCCAGUUGUCUCGGACGAGGAGCACUGUUGUCUGGAUCGAACCUUGAUUGCAUAUUGUGUGGCGUAUGGGGUUAGUCCAAGUAAUGUGCGUUACACGAUCAAUUACGACUGCGAAGACGCGCCACGGUUUGAGCUACUCCCACCUGAUGAUACUCGACGGCCGCAGUACGGUCCGAUCGAGCUCCUUGCUAUCCUACGAGCGUUAAGAUACAAUGAGAGCUUCGGCAGCAUAUCCUUUGCAGGCAUCAAUCUUGACAGUCUCAAUGGAUUGCAUGAUAACUAUGGUCGCGAACAUGUAUGUUCGCGUACGAAGCGAGGCACACCCAUCAAGCUGUCGGCGGAGGAGCUUGGCCGUUCUUGCUUGCUGAUUCAAGAAGUGAGGGCAUUGGCAGCCUGUAGCAAGAAGGUUCGGCGUAUGGACUUCUCUGGAUGCGUGACAUCUAAACCAAUACCAUCCAUCGAGUGUACUCCGGAUGACGACACGCCCAAGAGGAAGGACAUUGGCUGCGGCAUUGUUGAGGCGCUCUUCCCGCUCUGUAAACAUCAAACUACUAAUGUGGACUGGAUUUGCUUAAACGGGAUCGAGCUGAGCGAAACCGACCUUGACUAUCUAGUUGGAGCUGCCGUGGAGAAGUCUUGUCACCUUCGAGCAGUUGAGCUGAACCGCUGCGGUCUCACUGAUCGGAGCAUGGGCCUCAUCUUGGACGCGCUACGAGCACACGACAAUACACUGGAGGCAGUCGAGAUUGCUGGCAAUACAGCUCGAAUCAACCCUGCAACUUUCGAUAGUCAGGCUUCUAUGUUCGGGUUCAUUCGAAAGCUCAACCUGUCUUAUGCAUCGCUAACUUCUGGUGAUGGCCCCUUCCUACAGGCGGAGACGUUUCUGCUCUGGCGCCUGCAAGAACUGCGUUUCACUGGGACUACAUUGAAUGCAGCCACGGUAGACGCAAUCGCGACGUACUUGGCGCAUCCGCAGUCGAACAGUCUCCAUGAGUUAUAUGUGGACAAUGCCUACCUGACCGGUAGCGACGUCGCAACCCUCUUGCACAGCAUGUCCCGCAAUCCCUUCGAAGCGAGAAACUUGCACCUCGAUGUUAGCUUCAACCAGCUUAGCAGAGAUCUCGAGAAGGUGACGCACGCCAUCUCAAAGGGACUUGCUCCGACACAUCUGAGCAUGCGCGCCAUCGAUUGGCGGGAGGAGACCCUGUACCGCAAGAUGCUCAAUGCGCUUGCCGUAAACACGACCAUACAGUAUCUUGACAUGGCGGCUGCAUCUCUGCCUGGUGAGGCGGGUGACGACACAUGCCGCGCUUUAGAGCGCCUCUUCACCGAGAACAAUACAAUGGUCGAGCUCAACAUAUCCGGCGAAGAAUCUCGGCUGGCGACUUCACGGUUCGGCAGCGGCAUCAAUGAAGCUCUUAUGGGACUGAAGCACAAUCAGAUCAUGCAGGUUCUUCGCAUUGAGAAGCAGAAGCUGGGUCUCCAAGGUGCUAGCACGCUUGCAGAGGUCCUCAAGGAGAAUAGAACCUUGCGAGAGCUACAUUGCGACAACAAUGAGAUUCCGCUACAAGGCUUGACUGAUUUAGUCAACGCACUUGUCGAUAACACCACGCUCAUUUACCUGCCAGCCAUGAGUGACGGUCGCGCCGCAGCUUUCAAGUCAGCCGAGCUAACGAUGAAAAGCAUGUCAGAGACGGAUUGGCCACCGUCGUCGCCAUUGGCAUUAACGACAACACUGUCGAGGGUCCGCCAGAACUCGCAGUCCCUGUCUCCCGUCAACUCGCAGGUAGCCUUCACCCCCCAAGAUAUUCACACUACGCAUCGUCUCCUAACUGAGCAGUGGGAUCGUCAAUGUUACCGCCUAGCGCAGUAUCUCGAUCGGAAUUGGUGUCUUCUGCAAGGCAUUCCAGCCAAUAGGAUCGAAGAAGAACAGUUCGAGCGACCGUCGUCGGUGGGCUCCAUAGGCAAGCUUCUCGAGCAGAUCAAGAUCGACACCACGCCACGUGCCGAGAAACAAUUG